CCUCAGGGGUGCCCCGCGCACCUCAGGGAACGCCUCGCCUCAGCAAGCCGUAAGCGGCCCGGCCGGCUGGAAGAAGGGGGGGUUGUGUAACCGUAACGCAUCGUCUGUGGGCUGCUGCACAGCCAAACCCGGCUUUGUGGCCAGAAAAAGGAGCGUUACUGAGGUGUUUAACGGCACGCGGCGGUGAGGGGAGCGCGGCCUGCCGCGCAUGGAAACCGGCCCUGCCCCGGGGAGCCUUGCUCUGGGGUCGUUUUCUUACGUGCUCCAACGCCCUUCAGUUGAAAGCUUUUGCUAAAGCACAGCCAGUGACCCACUCUGAAAACACAGCUGCGCACUAGAACUAAGCUAUGGAACGUGGCAGAGUGUCACAAAACCUCUGAGUGCAGUACAGUAACCCAGGAUCGUUCCACUGUGAAGAGGGACCUUGCUCCUCUGACAAGCCACCUAGCUACUACAUGUGGUUCUACAAAGUGUCACUUUGAGGAUGACAGCAUACUGCUGGAGAGUCCAAAAAGUGCAUUGCAUGGAUGGCUCCGCCACCUCCGGAUCCGCAGUUUGUGCUGCGAGGCACCAGUGCUGCAGUCCACGCUCUGCAUUUUUCCUGUGGAGGCCAAGAGCCUGAUGUCCCCAUUCUUUUCUCUGGGUCUGAGAAUGGGCUUAUCAACGUCUGGAACCUAAAAACACGCAGAGUGGACAAAGCACUGGAUGGCCAUGGAAGAAAAUCUGUCUGCUGGGUGGAAACGAUGGAUGGUAAAGACAGGCUCCUCAGCCAGGGUCGUGACCAGAGGAUCUGCCUGUGGGACUUAGCAGAGGGACGGACUUCAGUGAUGGAUUCUGUCUUCACGGAGAAUGUGGGAUUCUGCAGAUGUUCUCUGUUAAAGGUGGCACAGGGACGCUGGCUAAUGGCCAUGGCAGCCAAAGCCCUGGACGAGGUUCAGGUUUUGGAGCUGCCAUCCAAGACAUCAGUCUGUACCUUGAAGCCAGAGGUGGGUGCCAAGUUGGGCAUGCCCAUGUGUCUGAAGUUAUGGCAGAUCAACUGUGAUUCCCAACCGUUGCUUCUGUCUGGCUAUGAAGAUGGAUCAGUGGUCCUUUGGAAUUUGUCAAUGGGAAAAGUGUUGAGCCAACUUUUUUGCCACCAGGAACCAGUGAUGAGCCUUGACUUUGACUCAGAGAAGGCCAAGGGGAUCUCAGGCUCAUCUGAAAAGGUGCUCAGCAUCUGGAGCCUCAAUGAGCAACAGAACCUCCAGGUUCACACAACACACAGACUUGUCAACGCUGGCAUAUCUGAUAUCACCAUCCGUCCAGACAAGAAGAUUUUAGCAACAGCAGGGUGGGAUCAUCGCAUCAGGGUCUUCGGCUGGAAAAAACUGAAGCCCUUAGCAGUGCUUGACUACCACACGGCAACUGUCCAUUGUGUGUCCUUCUCAGAUCACAAAAACCCCAGUGAAAGACUGCUCGCAGCUGGUUCAAAAGAUCACCGCAUAAGUAUCUGGUCAAUAUAUACACAGACGUGACAUGGUCUGCACUAUCAGGGCCUAGGAGAGUAAGAUUGGUGAAGAAAAUCACUGUAAUUCAAACCUGGAUGUGGGGAAGUAGUAGAAUGUAUUUCCAGGCUAAAGUGAGAGUCCCUGGAAACUGCUAGAUUAAUUUUUAUGCUGCUUGUUCGUGUGGCAAGUUUUGUUUCCCAUAGAGGGGAGUUGAUUUUUUAAAAAAAUUUAUAACAAGUGGAACAAUGCCAGUCUUGAACAAAGACACAGGACAAGUCACUUUAAGUUCUGCUACAGGUUUUUGCAACAGCUUUUCUUUGGCAGGUUGCUUAAAUAACUUGUGCCAAUUUCUGGAAAAAGGACUGGAAUCUCUCAGACAGCCGUGGGGGCAGAAUAUGUCUGUUUGUAAGUCAUUUAUGUAUCUAGGAAUCUGAAUCACUGUAAAAUACCACUUUUGUGAGAAUUUAUACCCAUUAAACCACCUCCAGUGGUU